ACAGUUUGGGAACCACUGAUGUUAAUAAAUUAAAUUUUAUCAAAAGCACUAAAAAUAGGUAAAUAGAAGAUUGAUUUUUAAUUCAUAGCUGUAAACAAACGUUAAAAUGGCCAUGGCAGCGGCAGAAACAUCAUUUUCUAUCAAUGGAACAUGCUCAGUUGAAGAACAAACUCACAAUAUUGAUCAUUCAUCUGAUCUUCUUCAAUUUGCCAAUGAAUCACGACAAGAUGGUUGUUUUAAUGACAUCAUCGUUCGUGUUGGAGAGAAAAACAUCCCAGCAAACAAGAUGGUUCUUUCUUGCUAUUCGAAAUAUUUCAACACCAUGUUUAACACUGAGAUGGUGGAAAAGUAUAAAGAUGUUGUUGAAGUUCAUGGUGUAGAUGCGGAAAGUGUGGAGAAACUUGUUGAUUUCAUGUACACAGGAAAAAUCAACAUCAACACCAAAAAUGUGUGCGACCUUCUAGCAGUAUCUGAUUUCCUUCAAAUGCCUUCUGUCAGGAAACUUUGCAUUGAAUAUUUGUUGACAACAGUCUCGCCACAAAAUUGCUUCACAAUUCAAGCUUUGGCGGACCGUUUCACCAUUCCUAAGUUAACUGAAAAAUUCAACAACUUUGUGCUUGAAAAUUAUCAACAAGUUGUUUCUGGUGAUCAAGUUAAGAAACUAUCAAAAAAUUAUGUCAUCAAGUUAUUACAAUUAACACAUGACAAGGUUUCUUCAGAUUUGGUUUACACUACUGUUAUGAACUGGGUGAAGUUUGAUUUAUCUUCAAAUGAAAGUUACUUGAGUGAAGUCAUUAAAUUUGUAGAUUUUUAUAAAUUAUCUUCAAAUAUGCUUAAAGAUGUGGUCUCUGUUGAGCCCCUCAUCAGAAAAGUUGGUGAUUUGGUUGAUUCAUUAUUUGAUGCUUUGGUGCAAUAUUCAAAGAAAACAGGGAUUUUUCUCAUAACACUUGGUGGAGCAAAUAGUCUAACCAAAGUAACAAAGUUGGAUUUACAAACAAAACAAUGGAGUCAGCUUCCAGAUUUACCAGUUGGUCGAGAUAACGCAGCAGCCGUUGUCAUCGAUGAUGUUUUGUAUUAUCUUGGAGGAGAUUUAAGAACUGAUGGUAAAGCAACUGCAACUAACAUUGUUCAUCGAAUGAAAUUAAAGGAAAAGGUUUUAAUAUGGGAGAAGAUAGCUUCAAUGAAUGACAAGAGAUUGGGAUUCGGUGCUGCUGUUUUAAAUGGUACCAUCUUUGUAUUUGGUGGACCUGUUGACAAUUACAGAAGUCUAUUAUCAGGAGAAUGUUAUGUUGUUUCACUUAACAAGUGGAUUCAACUUAAACCAAUGAAGAUUUCCAGACGUGGCCAUUCUGUUGUUGCUCACAAUGGUCAUUUGUAUUCACUUGGUGGACGUCAUGGCCAACAGUAUUUAAGUUCAGUUGCAUGUUACGAUCCAAUAUCAGAUGAGUGGAAAGAUGUUGCUCCAAUGCAAACACAACGUGGUUGGUUUGCUGCUGUGGUGCUUAACAAUGCUAUUUAUGCUAUUGGUGGUUAUGAUGGAAAACGACGUCUUAAAUCAGUUGAAAAAUACAAUGUUGAUGAUGACACAUGGGUUUAUGUGGGAAAUAUGAACAUAGAGAGAGAUUUACAUGCAGCUUGUGUUGCACAAAACAAGAUAUAUGUAGUAGGAGGUCUGGAUUCUAAAAAUGCUUUGAAAUCAAUUGAAUGUUACGAUGAUCAAACUGACAAGUGGAAUGUUAUUGGUGAAACUGAUGAUGGAUUAUUUAACCAUUCUUUAGUUGCUGUUUAAAUUGCAAACAGGAACAGUUUUCUUUUGCGUUGAUAGUCACAUAUUUAACAUUGGAUGUUUACAAUUUAAGUUUGUGCCUACAAUUAUUACAGACUCUGUAUGCAUUUCAAAAUUUGACUUUACUUUAUUUGAGCAAGGUUAGUAGUCCAAAAGUUCACUAUAUGAUAAAUUGCCUCUUUACUGUUUCAGUUGAGUCUUGUACUUCUAUUUUAACAACUAGAAUGUUAUAAUAACUGGCUUUUUACCGUUCCUUUUUGUUCUUUAUCGUUUAUGUAUACUAUAUAACUAUUCUGGCCUUUGUUACUGUAACUGAAAGGAUGAAAUUAAAUUAUUAUCAAUAAUAUGUUCCUUUACUCUAAGUAUGCUUCAAAAUUAAUUUAAAAAGUUAUUUGUUUUUUUAUAAAACAUAUCUGUUUUGGAUGUUUAAUGGUCACGCACCUUUCGUUAAUAUUUUUUUGAACAUUAUUAUCUAUAGCAUAUUUUCCAUUAACUUCUAUACUAUUGCUGUAUGUUAGUAUUUUAAUAAACUUUUACUGAAUGAU